AUGACCGCGGACAGCUCCCAAGUUCAGGUGUGGCUGCUGUUCAGCUCUGGGCACCUGAGGCUGCUGAACUCGUUGGUUCUUGAAGUGAGAAGGUUCUCAGACCUUCCCCCAGAAAUCAAGAAGUGGAAUGUGCGGCUGUUCGAGUGUCCGCGCCCCGGGGAGGACCCCGGGCCCGGAGGCCAGAUCGGCGAGGUGGAGCUCUCUACCUACACCCCCCCGCCUGGGAGCCCGGGGCCGCCCCCAGCCCCCCGUUUCCUCCCAGUGCUGUGCUGCGCGUUGCCGCCGGGCUCCAGGGCUCCGCACAGCCACCUGCAGGGUCCCAGGGGCUUCACGCUGGAGGGGCCCCUCUUUGGGCUGCUCUUUGGAGCCGACGCCGCCCUCCUGGAAUCUCCCGUGAUCCUCUGUGGUCUCCCUGAUGGUCAGCUCUGCUGCGUGGUCCUGAAGACCCUGGUCACCUCCAGGUUGGCCCCUGGUGACCCGAAAGCCCUUGUCAAGAUCCUCCAUCACCUGGAGGAGCCCGUCAUCUUCAUCGGGGCCUUGAGGACAGAGCCACUGGCUGAGGACCUAGAGGACGCCAACUCAGACUGCCUUGUGGCACUCGGUCAUCGUGGCCGGACACUGGCCAUCAAGGCCAGCUGGGACGAGGCAGGGAAUCUGGUGCCGGAGCUGCGGGAGUACUGCCUGCCGGGGCCUGUGCUGUGUGCAGCCUGUGGCGGGGACGGCCGCGUCUACCACAGCACCCCUGCCAACCUCUGCGUGGUGGACCUGGCUCGAGGAGGCACCCCCGGGGACUCCGUGCAGCCCGACUGCCCAGGAGGCCUGCCCUCUUUGCUGUGUCCAGCCAGCUUGGGUGUCUGCAGCGUCGUCACCCUCUGUGUGUCGUCUAGGUCAUCGGAAGGGGGCACUGAGCUCCUGGCCCUGUCUGCCAAAGGCCGCCUGAUGACCUGCAGCUUGGACCUGAACCCCGAGCCACCUCAUCCCACCAGGGUGACCGCGGCGGACACUGGCCGAAAGAUUAAGGAUUUGCUCUGUGGAAUCGGCACCGUCUCUGAGAGAGUGUCUUCCCUGAAGAAGGCCGUGGACCAGCGGAACAGGGCCUUGAUGUGCCUCAACGAGGCCAUGAAUGUGAGCUGCGCCCUGCUGUCCAGCCGGGAGGGCCCCCGGCCCAUCUCCUGCACCACCACCACUGCCUGGAGCCACCAGGAGCUGCAGGACGUGCUGACCGCCACUUGCCUGCUAGAGAACAGUAGUGGCUUCAGCCUGGACCGGGGCUGGGCCUUGUGUGUCCAGGUGCUCCCCAGCUCCCAUGCCUCAGACCCGGACACGGCUGGCUCAGCCGUGACCUACACCAUCCCCGUGGACCAGCUCGGCCCCGGCGGUCGGCGGGAGGUGACGCUGUUCCUCGGCCCUGGGGAGGAUGGCGUGCUCGACCUGCCCCUGACCGUGUCCUGUGCGCUCUUCUACAGCCUCAGGGAGGUUGUGGGCGGGGCCCUGGCCCCCUCGGACUCUUUCAAGGACCCUGCCUUGGUCGGGUGCCCCCCCGACGUCCUGCCUGAGCAGGGGGGUAUCUGCCUGCCCCUGAGCGAGCACACGGUGGACAUGCUGCAGGGCCUGCGUUUUCCUGGCCUAGCCGCACCCCACGUGCAGGCCCCCGGGCCAUCCCACCCUUCGGGUGACCCCGUGAACACCUUCCUGGAAAGUUGUUGCAGGCUCAGCAGCGAGCCAUCGGGCCCCGAGUCCCUGCGGGCCAAGUACCUGCCCCCUUCCGUGGCCGCUAUCAGGGUGUCAGCAGAGCUGCUCAGAGCCGCCUUGGGGGACAGUUCAUCAGGUGUGUCCCUGUGUUGUGCCACCUUGCAGUGGCUCCUCGCUGAGAAUGCCGCCGUGGAUGUCGUGAGGUCCCAAGCACUGUCCUCUGUCCAGGGAGUGGCCCCGGACGGCACUGACAUCUGCCUUAUUGUCCAUGAGGUGGCCGUGACCGACCUGUGCCCUGCGGGGCCCAUCCAGGCCGUGGAGAUCCAGGUGGAGAGCUCCUCUCUGGCCAACAUGUGCAGGGCCCACCAUGCUGUCGUUGGACGUAUGCAGAGGAUGGUUAUGGAGCAGGCCGCCCGGGGCUCCAGCCCACCUGACCUCCGCAUGCAGUACCUCCACCAGAUCCAGGCCAACCAUGAGGCGCUGCUGCGGGAGGUGCAGACCCUGCGGGACCGGCUGUGCACAGAGGACGAAGCCAGCUCCUGCGCCACUGCCGAGAGGCUCCUGCAGGUGUAUCAGCAGCUGCGCAGCCCCAGCCUCCUGCUGUUGUGAGGCCGGUGGGUCCCGCCCCAGCUCCGUGCACAUUAACAGCCUCUGAGGACACAGUGCCUCUGGUUUUACGGAGAAAGAUCGAGGACACAAAAGACUACUUCCCGGCUCCUGAGCUGGGAGGCAGGUACUGGCUGGUUGUGGCUGUGGAAGGUCGGGGGUGAGUUUGGCCAUUGCACAGCAGACCAGACUCCUGGCCUCCAGUGGUCACUUGGCUUCCAGAGGCCAGGGAGAGACAGCUCGGGACCAGGAUGUGGGGCAGGUUUGUGUCUGGCUGUCCCUGUUCCUGGAGGCACCUGCCCCGCCACCCACUCUGGGUGCCUUGGCUCUGCCCCGGCACUGCUGGGGUCACGAGGUGGGAGGUGCUCUGGUGGCCUGCGGCCUGUGGCCAGGGCUGCCCCCAGCGCACAGCACUGCAAUCCCAGGGCCCCAUGGUUGGGCGGGCCCAGCCGGUGCUGGUGUUUUCUGUGCUUGGGGAGGUGACUCCUGGGUGUCACUUGGUGCUCUCUUCGUGGGGCUGUGAGGGCCCUGCUGCCACCACAACAGACCCUUUCUGUGACCUG